GAACACUCUUUUAUUCACAAAGGCCUACAAACUCUUCCUAAUAAAUCAAACUGGUUGGUUCGUUUAUAGCGGGAAUAAGUAGAAACUUAAAAAAAAAAAAAAAAAGGUGUAAAAAUUAGCUCGUCUUUCUCCGAAAGGAGCAGGUUCAGAAAUAUCCAGGACAAUGAUUCGUCAUAGCUAAUUUCGAGUAGAUAUCGUCCUAAAACUGACAUCAGGAAUCGCUUGAGACGACAAAAGACGAUGAUAACAGAUUGAUACACAAUCGAAGAUAUUACCUUCCAAACACAGAACAUGGAGCAGUGGAUACCUUUGGGAUGGAUUUCGAUCCUGUUGUUAGUGCUAGCUGAGAUAGUAUCCUCCGUACCUAUACUUGGACCAUUUAACCCCAAUAGCAGCGUCGAUGAACAGCCAUUGACAUUCCUUCCCCCACCACCAAACCACAACUGUUCAGUAUACAUACCCGGGACAGUAUGGCACUUUAUAGACCACAUUAGGGGGCGGUGUUGUCGCCAAAUUUUCAUUAUCAAUGGAAUAUCCCAGAUAUGUGACGCGAAUGGGGAAUGGGAUAAGUUCGCAGACUGCCCGCGUGGGUCCUACAACCGGAAGAGUCCUUUCUACACAGGGCAAUUCCAAUACCCUAACCUUGCACAGCACCUUUGUCAAGAUAAAGAACUCGCAGAAGGUUCGUCGUCCCUGAAUAUCUCAUGGAAAACCCAAGAGUAUAUAAUACCGGGAAACACACCUGCCAUACUGUCUGGAACUGUGUAUUCGAAUUCCAAACUGAGAAAGGCAUACUUGUUCAGGAACGAUGAGAGGCUACCACUGGGGCAGAUGUCAUAUGGAAUGAUUGAAAGCAAACAUUACUGGUUUGUGGAUUACACACUUAGGAACCCUACUUUGGAGGAUAGAGGUGUAUACCGUAUCUUAGUGAUCAACGAACAGAAGAGUACUUGGAGUGGAGACGUCAGAUUGACUGUGUUACCAAGAGAGUCCCCAACCACCAACUCACCUACCGCAUCAUCAACGACACAGGUCACUGAUUCACCAGACUCAACACGACCGACACAACCAACGUCACAAAGACCCUCACACAACGUUACCGUGACGACUCCCACAGAUACCGAACAUGAUUUUGUCGUAUGA